AUGGGGGUGGGAGCACGGGUUCCCCGCAGAAGCCUUUGCCAGCCUCGGGCCAGGGGGACGAGGUUGGGGGAUGGGAUUCGGCCAGCUGGGACGCACAGACUGAAGCUGGAAAAUGAGCAGCAAGAAGGGGGUGCCCAAAGCUGCAUCAGGGAAGUGGCAGCCAUCCCUCCCUGGAGCCCAGCCGAGAGCUGUUGCUGGAAGCCGAGAGAGACCCGCCAGUCGCCGAGGAAGACCGGCCAGCCGGCCAAGCGCCCGCGGCCCCUGAGUGCCCAGAGGCCCCCGCAGGGCGCCUUCGGCCGGACGCCGCAGUACCGAGCAGCCUUCGGGGGGCACCUGGAAGCCGUGGAGGUGCUGCUGAAGCUCGGAGCCGACCCCCGGGUGUACGCGGAUGACGGUAGCACGUCGGAGCAGCAUGAACCUCAACGUCCCGCAGUUGGCAAGGGCACAGCAGCAGCGCACACACAGGUGAGCGGCCCCCUGGUGCAGGGACGGGGUGGGGGGUGGGGGGGACAGGCAGGCUGGCCCUGGCCUCAGAAGGAUGGAGCGGGUCUGGAGGGCAGCAGUCCAGGCUGGCCCGGUCCCCGCGCCCAGCUGCAGCAGGCCUACUGUGAGCUCGCCGGAGGAUCGUCGAGCGCGGAGUGUGAGCCGAGCUGCCCAGGCCGGGCUGAGCUCGCCCUGCAGGCCAUCAGGGACGCAGAGACCCAAGUGGACCGGCUUUGGCUGGAGGCCCGGAAGGCCGAGGAGAUGCUGGCCACGGCCAGGCUAGAGCUGCGGGAGCAGACCCAGGAGGGGGAGGAGGUGGUGCCCGGGCUGAAAUGCCGGGUCACCGAGCUGCACGACGUCCUAAUGAAGGAUGUGGGCGAUCGCCUCUGCGCCGAUGGCCGGUGGCCUCUUGUCAUCGACCCUUCGGGCCAGGCAGCCACCUUCCUGCGCUACCAGGACACCAGCUACGUGGAUGCGGUGAACCCUGCGCACCUGCGGCCGGACAGGAUCUGGCUGGCGCUGCUGGGGGCGCUCAGGUACGGGAAGCCGCUGGUGUUCUACUUGCGCGAGGCGGACCUGCUCCCCGUGGUGCGGAGGCAGCUGGAGGCCGUGCGGCCGGGGCUGGCACGGGAGCUGCUGAGCCGGGGGCUCCCGGAGCGGGAGGGCUACCUGUCGCUGCUGCGGCCUGCCCACGAGCCUGAGUACAGCCCCUCGUGCUUCCAGGUGGCGUGCCUGGGGCACUUCCGCGUCAUCUUCGUCACCGAGGCCCAGUGGCCGCCGGCCGAGCAGCUGCAGCUCCCUGUGUGGGCGCUGCGCCCCCCGGGGGCCCCUAGGGCCGAGCCCCAAUAA